AAAAAACCGACACGUCAUCGAUUUUGAACAGUGUUGGUUACCGUUUUGACUUGAUGUAUAAAUAAGUCAUAUUGAAGAUUUCUUUUGAUAUAAGUGUCAUUUUGGUGGUUUAAAAUGCUUGUAAAAUAUUCUGAGGGUUUAAAUUGUAAGUAACUGCCACCCGAAAAGUUUUUUAUACGAUUUGAAACAUAAGGAAGACUUAACAUUUGAAAUAUAAGUUGCAUAAACGUGCAUAAGUAAAUAAAAGUGUUUCCCUCAGCACUUGCUUUUUCAUUCAAAAAAAGAAUAAUCAAUACUUAAAAACUCUUACAUUUGUCCAAGAAUCUGAUUCUUGCUUUGUUGUGGGGAAGUUUGAAAUGAACAUAAAUUGCAAUACUUGGCGUGAUAUGCUGUCUUUGUAAACAUAUAAACUAUAGCCCAUUAUAAAUAAAGAAGAUUUAGUUAUUCUCAUAAGUAAACAAUAAAUCUUUAGACCAAAAUAACUAUACAUGGAUCCUCUUAACCAUGUUCCUUCAUGUCUUCUCUUGUGUCCAACAGAACGAUAUGAAAAAGAGCAUACCAAACCGGCAAAAACAAUUAAGGGGGGAAUAAGCUUUCAGUUCAACUAUCGCAUUGUCAAAAGUUCCAGGUUCAGUGAAAAGUCUGAUAAUCUUCAUUCUCUACUUCGCUGCAGCAAAACAGACAAUGAAGAAUUAUAUUGUGAUGCUUGUGGCAUCCGGAUCGUAAUAGAUACCUAUUACUUCUGCAGCCACUGCAAUCGAGAGUACCACAACGAAUGUGUUGAGGCUUCUUCCAUUUUCCAUUUCUCUGGUCAUCCAAAACAUCCUCUUCAACUUCUCUGGUCUAUGGAAUACCCUAACCACAUUUGUUCUUCUUGUCAAAGAUACAGUCGUGGUCUAUCAUACUAUUGCCUCAUUUGCGACUUUUCACUUCAUGUGACUUGCUCGAGAAACCUAACACCCCUUGCUAUAGACAAUCCGAAAAGGCAUAAGCAUACCCUCCAUUAUUUUCCUAGGAGACUUGCUUUGGCUUGCGAUGUUUGUGCAUUGGUGGAGGAUUCGGAUCACUUAUACGCAUGUCUCCUAUGUGAUUUCUUUGUUCAUAAAAGUUGUAUGGACUUACCAUUUGUCAUAAAGGUAUCUCGUCACAAUCACCGUCUUGCUUUUGCUCCUAGUAGUCCUUUCAAGGCUUCGGCUGAUUGUAGAGUUUGUUAUGAAAAAAUAGACAUAAAUUACGGAGAAUACUCUUGCGUGAAAGGAUGCGUUUAUGCAAUGCACUCUAGAUGUGCACUACGACGUGACGUGUCCGACGGUAAAGAACUUGAAGGAGAGCCUGAAGAAACAUAUGAAAAUACUAAAUUGUUUGAAGAUAAAGGUGAUGGAGUUAUACUGCAUCAGGGUCAUCCUUGUCAUCAAAUAAAACUUGAAAAACAAUUCCAUGAUGAAAACAAGCAUUGUCAAGCGUGCAUGCUUCCGUUCUAUGGUGAUGGUAAUGUGUAUCGUUGUAUGCAAUCAUGCGAUUUCAUUUUACAUGAAUCAUGUGCAUAUCUUCCCCGGGUGAAACAAUUUAUGCUACAUGUUCAUCCAUUGAUUCUAGAGCUCGCGUAUACCACAAGUUGCUUCAUGUGUAGGAAAUGUGACCGUAACUCAUGCGGUUUCGCGUAUGUGUGUCCGAUCGAGGGGUGUGAUUGGAAGCUAGACACGCUGUGUGCUUCUAUUUGUGAGCCGUUUAAUCAUUACUCUCAUCCACAUCCCUUGUUCAUAACUUGUGGUGAAUACACAAGCAUGUUGUGUUCCAUUUGUCAAUCAUGGCAGGAACAACCUUUAGAUUGUGUUGAAUGCAGUUUUGUUCUGUGUUUUCGUUGUGCCACUCUUCCACAUAAAUUAAGUUACAAGCAUGAUGAGCAUUUGCUCGUUUUUUCGUACAAAGAAUAUGCAGAUGAUGAUGAACUUUGCUGGUGCGAAAUAUGCGAAAAAGAUGUAAUUCCGCAGGAAGGAUUAUAUGCAUGCAACGAGUGUGAAGUCACCCUCCACGUCGACUGUCUAUUGGGAAGGGAUCUGCAUAUGAAAUCCGGACAAACUGUUGUUACAUCUAACAAGGAAAUGAUUCAUUAUCUUCCAAACACUUAUCCAACUCGACCUAUAUGCAAAACUUGCGGAAGGCAUUGUCCUUACAAAAUAAUGAUAAAGACAUCUGGUGGAGACCUAUUCUGUUCUUAUACUUGUUAUGAAGAAUAAUGAUUUGAUUGAAAGUAAUGUUGUUGCGAAAUCAGUCCGACGAUAAUCUCUAGGUAUGUAGAGAUUUCUUUAUAAGUUAAAGCUGUAUCAAACAAUAUGUUAUCAGAUAUUUCAUGUUUUCUUUUUUUCUCUUAUUUAUAACUAUCAUUUAUCUAGCUCAUGAUCGUUAACUAUAUGUAACCACCUCGACAAACAAAAGAACGAAAAAAUAUUUGGAUUCCCAGUCUCAAUAUUAA